ACUUAAUUGAUAUUAGUCCAUGAACCAACAACGAAUUGUAUCUGCUUGCAUUAUAGUUCACACAUAUAAAUCUAGGGUUCCAAAAUCUAAUCGCCUCCAUCGGCGACCCAUACAGAUUCCAUUUCUAGCUCUAUACACCUCACUAUUGCACCGAUUCAGCGUCGAGGUCCUCUCUCUGCCACAUCAAGCACCUUCUCGAAACCAACUUCAUUGAAAUUCACCUUUUCUUUUUCACUAUUUGAUCUUGGUUCAACUCCGACACCAGAAUUCCCACCGCCACCCACAUCUCCGUCAUACUCCCCCGACACAUCACAAAUCGCAAGGCAGUUGCUCAACUUCCACGGCUUCUAGUUUUCUUCCCCUUUUCCAGAAACCCUAGAAUUAUUUGCCGAGAAUUUAGUUGCCCACUCCACCAUCUCUUAGGUUUAGCUUUUGACAGUUUGACCUCCAUAAUUUUUGCUUUUAGGGUUUUGUAGUUUAUUGCACCUAUUUUUCCAGUUCGAGAAAUUUGGAAGAUAUUUGGGGGGUUUUUUGCUAGUUGUUCGAAUAGAUUUUAUUUUGUGCGUCAUGACAAUCUUUUUUAAUUGAUUGGAGUAUAUAAUUUUUAAAUGGAUGGAUACGAAGGCAGGGGCAGUGUUAGCGAGUCCUCCAAGCUUCACGAUCUUAAACCUUUUGGCUCAGCCCCAACAGGGGGCGCAGUAUUUGAUGCAUCACAAUAUGCAUUUUUUGGCAAUGAUGCUGUGGAGGAAGUUGAAUUAGGGGGACUAGAUGAUGAAGAAGAUGAUGUUGCUCCAGUUGGGUUUGAGGAAGAGGAGUUUAUAUUUGAGGGGGAACAGGGAGAUGGAUUGGGAUCUCUGGCUGAAAUUGAUGAUCUUUCAAAAACAUUUUCUAAGUUGAACAAUGUUGGGCCAUCAAGUGCAGGAGUUCGUCCAGACUGGGAUUCCCGAGAAAGUGCGUCUGGUGUUGAGUGGGUACAAGGGGCAGAUAACACUAACUGGCUCGAUCGACGGAAUUUUAAUGUUGAAACCACUCAUGAAACGGAUCAAUUGUCCUCACAACCAUAUUCCGCUUUCCGGAUCAUGGAUUCCAAGUCAUUGCACAGAACAUCAUCAUACCCUGAACAGCAGCAACAACAACAGCAGCAGCACCCGUAUGAACCACAAAAUCUACAUCAUAACUAUUCCAGCGAACCAAUUCUUAUUCCAAAAACACCAUUUACUUCAUAUCCACCCCCUGGUGGCAGAUCUGAACAAGCCUCACCUAAUAGCCAGUCCAACCAUCCUAAUCUUACACACCUCCCUGGUGGUCACCAAUUCUCAAUUUCUUCAUCCAAUCUCUCACCAUACAAUAAUACUCAGCUUCAAUUGUCUGCCUUGCCUCAUGGGCCCCAAUUUGGUGGGAAUUUGUCCCAGUUACCUCAUGGUUUGCCAGUCAAUGGUCGACUUCAGAACCAAUGGGCGAAUCAGAAUAGUUAUCCUGGUGAUCGUUCUGGCCUCCCGGGCAAUGUAGCUCCUCAACAGUUAUCCCAUCCGAAUGGCUUAAUGCGUCCACAAUUGAUGCCUCCCCAGCAUGCUCAGCAAACCAGAACUCAGCAUCCAUUUCCGCCAUCAUAUGGUCAUCCAUCAGGGUUGCAGUCUCAGCUAUUCAAUCCCCGCCUGUCUCCUUCGCCACCUAUGUUGAACAACUUCGACGUACUUGGGCUCCCUGAUUUGAGAGAUCAAAGAGCUAUGCCGAUGCCAAGAGGUAGACAAGGAAUGCGCUAUCCUCAUCACGGCCCUGAUUUUGGUAACCAGAAGGGUGAUACGGGUUGGCCGAGGUUUAAAUCAAAGUACAUGAGCGCAGAUGAAAUUGAGAAUAUUCUCAGAGUGCAGCUUGCUGCUACCCAUAGCAAUGAUCCUUAUGUUGAUGAUUACUAUUAUCAAGCUUGUCUAGCUAGAAAAUCUGCCGGUGCUAAAUUGAGACACCACUUUUGCCCAGCUAAUUUGGUGGAUGGGUCUUCGAGGACCCGUGCAAGCGAUGAGCCACAUGCUUUUCUCCAGGUUGAUGCUCUUGGAAGGGUUUCUUUCUCCUCAGUACGGAGGCCUCGACCACUUCUAGAAGUUGACACCCAAUUAUCAAGUGGGGCUGGUGGUGAAACAAAAAUUGGUGAGAAGCCUUUGGAACAGGAGCCUAUGCUUGCAGCCAGGGUGACUAUUGAGGAUGGCAUUUGCCUUCUACUCGAUAUUGAUGAUAUUGACAGGUUUUUGCAGUUUAAUCAAUUACCAGAUGGUGGGGUGCAGCUGAAACAGAGGAAACAAAUGCUACUUGAAGAAAUAGCAUCAUCCUUUCAUCUAGUUGACCCACUAGGGAAUAAUGGCGAUGCAGUGGAUUUAUCAUCCAAAGAUGACCUUGUUUUCUUGAGAUUAGUUUCACUUCCAAAGGGUAGGAAGCUUCUUUUAAAGUAUCUUCAACUUCUUUUUCCUGGUGAACUUGCUCGAGUUGUCUGUAUGGCCAUCUUCCGAAAUUUGAGGUUCUUCUUUGGAAAUCUUUCCCCUGAUCAUAGCACAUCCAUGACAACUGCAAAUCUUGCUAAGACUAUAUCUUCUUGUAUCCAUGGUAUGGAACUCAAAGCUCUUGCAGCCUGUCUUGCAUCAGUGGUCUGUUCAGCUGAGCAUCCUCCUUUGCGUCCAGUUGGGAGUCCUGCUGGAGAUGGAGCUUCCGUUGUUCUUAAAUCGGUUCUUGAGAGGGCAACUGUGCUUCUGACAGACCCCCAUGCUGCUGAUAGUUGCAGCAUUUCUAACAGGGCUUUCUGGCAGGCCUCGUUUGAUGCGUUCUUCAGCCUUCUUACAAAGUACUGUUUCAGUAAAUAUGACUCUACUGUGCAAUCGUUCCUCAGCCAGGGUUCACCAGACACAGUCGCCAUUGGGGCUGAUGUAGCCAAAGCAAUUAGUAGAGAAAUGCCUGUUGAACUCUUACGUGCGAGCCUUCCUCACACAAGCGAUCAGCAAAGAAAACUGCUGCUGGAAUUUGUGAAGCGGUCUAUGCCUGUAGCUGGUCUUAGUGGUCCGAGUGGAGGAAGUGGGAGCUCAUGAUUACCUGUGCGCCUUUUGGCAGAUAUCUAUUAAAUGACCCAUAAGCGUCACAAACCACUUGCUGCACCCUUGAAAUGAUUUUCUUGGCAUCUUUGAAUGUGUUGGGAAAGCAAGUCACCUUCAGCUUUCAGCUGGACAGAUGCUUGUCACCCAAGUUGGUUCAUUUUGCAAUGAGUUUCACCAUCUCUCAUUGUACCGGUGCAUGGUGGGAUAAAAUUUUAAGUUGGCUCUCUGUGGACUGUAUUUGUCGUCCCCUUUUUUCCUUUUUACGUGAGAGCUUACAUUUGUUGCUCUGUUGUGCAAUCGUGAAUGGCUUUUAGAGUUAGAUUUGUAAAGUUCCAAAGAAAUAUGCUGUUCCUUACUCCUGAGCUUUUGCAUCUUAAUCUAGGGGUGGGAAAGUAUUUGCUGUACUUCACCUAUGUUUCUGCAUCUCCUCAUUGAAUAUGACCAGGCUAUUAAUUCUUCUUCUA